GCGGUGGGCGUGGCUACAAUUGUGACGCAGCAGCCGCGAAAAUCAAAAUAUCCGCAACUUGGGGCGACUAUUCUUGUCUGCGUAAGCCACAUUAUUUUACACAAAGUACAUAAAAUACUUGCGGAACAUGGAGGGAGCGUCUACGAAAGGUGUUUUAAGUCACCUGAGUCUGCUGGAAGUUCAGGCAAGAAGCCGUAAAACUCAGCAGCCGAGUCGUGUGGAGGAGCUGAGGGCUAAAGCUGAGGCGCUGAUGGUGCAGAGAGACCAGCUGAAGGCGGAGAUAGAGACACACAAGAAUCUCCAGAAAUUGAGGGCAGUGAUGGACAAACAGUGUGCAAAUGAAGAAGAAGAAGAAGAAGAAGAAGAAGCAAUGGAUGAAGACUCUGAAAACUCACAACUGCUGCGUCUGAUGGCCAGACACACACAGCUGAAAGACCUCCUGCAUGCUCAUCACAUCAUCGGUGGGUACAACGUCAUCAAGACCCGUCAAGGCAAAGGUCUGUGCGUGUCUGUGUCUACGGCCUACGAGGGCGUCUACUUAGAGACCUACAACCUGGAGAUGGACCUGAAACCAACGCUGAGGAUCAGCCGUCACAAUAUUCCCCCAUUCAUUCCUUUAAACAGCCUGGCUGAGCAGAGCAACAUGCAGACGGAUGUUCGGACUCUUCUGGACCCCCUCAGCCAACAUCUCAACGCCUUUGCUGGUCGCAAGCAGCAGCUGAAGCUUGUUAAGGAACUCCAUAAGUCUGUGGAGGUGAUGGAGAGUAAUGUUCUGUGUUCGUUACUGGUGCUGAUGGUAACGGUGCCGAGAGAGAAGACGGCUGUUCUCUGCGCGCUGGAGUACGCUGACCACACCAGAUGUCUUCCCACACGAGUCCACUUUGAAUGUGCAGACAAGGAGCUUCCCGAUUCCCCCGAGUGGAAGAAAAACCACAGCCUGCUGUUGGAGACCCCUGUGCACAAAGCUUUGACAACCAUGAGAAAGAUGGGGAACAUUGUGUAACUUAUUCAUAAAUAUAAUUAAACUGU